CUCCAGGCGGUGUGCACCUGAAGGGCUUGAGGCCGCGGCUCCCCUGUGCACAGUGAGGUCCACACCACACACAGUGUCACACCAACACGAUCACACUCCCGUCACAACACCACCUUCACCAGCAGCAGCAGCGGGAGGGUAUGGAAGGUCGCGGGUUGGUGCUGGGCUGGGGCCCUCGGAGCAACAAGGACUCGCCCUUCCUGGAGCGGCUGUGGCCCGCCAUGCUGGCCGGGGCGGCGUGUGGACGCGGGCUGCUAGUGGAUAGCACAGUGUUGGACACGAUGCUGGACGGCUGCGCCAGGGACUGUUUGAGCUCUCGCCGCCGGCGUGAAGAGCUGGCCUCUGCCCUCACCGUCAUGGUGGAGACUGACGAGGACCCAUCUGCGGCGGCCACGGCCCUGUUGGAAGCCGCGUUGGAGUACCACGCGGCGCGCCUCGCCGACAACGGAGGUGUGUGUCGCCUGGGCAAGUUUCACAACAUUCUGUACGUGGCGGCGGCCGUGGCGGUGGAGCAGGUCGUGGCGGACAGUGCUGUGGUGGCACGCCUGCUGGCGGCAUUGCAUGCGUGUGAGGGCGGCCUAGACCGCCUGGUGGCGCCCGCUGUGUUGGGGCCGCGCGUGUCGCGUCUCCUAAGCUCGUGGCGCUCUGACGACGACACGCCAGAAGAGGCGCGUCUUCGCCUUGUUUUCUUUCUGGAUCACGCCUGCCAGGCACGGCUCACCUUGCCACAGCCCGGCGCCCCUGCACUGCCUGUACUGACGGCCCCCUUACCCACGCUGCAGGGCGCGCCGCCCCUGUACGCUGCUGUGCAGGCUGGGGAUGAAGAGGCAGUGCUACUGCUGCUGCAACAUGGGGCGCCACCAGCAACGGGCGGGGCGCUUUGCCCGCUGCUGCUGGCACUACGACGUCUGUCCGCCCUAGCGCGGGCGUGCAUGGGUCAGCGGGACCCCUGUUCCUGUCCUCAUGACCUCUGUCCUUGUUUCUUCAGCUUCCCUCUUAUCUUUCCGCCCCAGGAGGUGGGCGUGCUACGCCUGUUGCUGCGGGCGGUGGGUGGGAGGUGCAUACCAGUGGAUCCCACAGUAAUACAUCCACGGGUGGUGAGCGAUGGUCUGCUGGGAACCACGCCCCGCCUCGCCCACUGGGCACGAUACAGACUCCGGGCAACCCUCGCCGCUAACUGGGCACUGCCUCAUGGCACCGCCAAGCUGCCCGUGCCCGCCGCAGUGCUGCCCUACCUCAACCUUCUCCUCGACUGAGCCAUCACGAUUCACGACCCUCACCACGCCGCUGUCCUGAUGGUGGUGAUGGGGCUGGCGCCUCAUCCUGCCACUGCUCUUCCCCCGCCCCCCUGAGUCUCAAGUCAGUCUAGCUGGUUAGGCUGUCAUGCCACCACAUGCACCCGAGUACGCCGCUCCUCGUCGCCGAUAAUUUGUGAUGCAAUCUUUCCACACUAUAUUUGUCAAUGCAAUAAAAUGUGUUACAAUUAU